GUGUGAUUGACAGCAGUUGGGGUCCAGUGACAGGCGGACACGCACGCUGCUCCGCUCUCAGUCGCCUCAUGUCGAUUGACGUGCUGACGCGCGGUGCAGGUACGGCGCGGUACUAGACGGUGCAGUGCGGUGCGCGGGUGGGCGUGUAGUGACUCUUGCGGCGCGACAUUGUAGUGGUGUAACGAGUGAAGCAAGCACAGUACUCUUGGGUGACAUGGCUCAGCCUGCCAGGUACGACGACGGGCUCGGGCACUACGCUGGGAGCGGGGCGAAUAUGGAGGCCGUAGCCAACAUGUACGGGGACCCGCACCGCAGCGCGGCGGCGGCGGCCCUCCAACCUGCGGCCCUCAUGAACCACAUGAACCACGUGGGAAGUGCGGCCCACGGCGCGGCCAUGUACGCCCACUCUCAGGCCUCCAACCACGUGGCGGCCAACCACGUCAUGGGCUCCGUGCCCGACGUUCACAAACGAGACAAAGACCUUAUAUAUGGGCAUCCACUGUUCCCUCUCCUAGCACUCAUCUUCGAGAAAUGCGAGCUGGCCACAUGCACGCCCAGGGAACCAGGUGUUGCGGGCGGCGAUGUUUGUUCCUCGGAAUCUUUCAACGAAGAUAUUGCCGUCUUUUCCAAGCAGAUUAGACAGGAGAAACCAUAUUAUCAGGCAAAUCCAGAGCUUGAUAGCUUAAUGGUCCAGGCGAUUCAGGUGCUUCGGUUUCACCUCUUAGAGUUAGAAAAGGUUCACGAGCUGUGCGACAACUUCUGCCACCGAUACAUCUCUUGUCUGAAGGGUAAAAUGCCCAUCGACCUGGUGAUUGACGAGCGCGAGGGCCCCAAGCCAGAGGUCUUGGGCCCCGGCGACUCGAACAAUAACGCCUCGGCAGUGGCUGCCGGGCGGGCGUCCGCCGACACCACACACACCGACGGCGCCUCCACCCCAGACGUGACCUCCUAUUUGGCUGAGUCGAAUCGGCCGCCCUCAUCGUCAAUGUCGUUCACUGGGGGCGCAGGCGGGGACGACGCUCGGUCCCCUGGGUCCGGGGGCACGCCGGGGCCCUUGUCCCACCAGCCCGCCUCCCAGCAGUCGGCGGACAAUACCAGCGAAGCAGGUAAGAGCCACGGCCUGGUUUCCCUUGGGGUUUCCCUUGGGGUUUCCCUUGGGGUUUCCCUUGGGUUUUUUGGGGGGGUUUGUGUCCCCACACACUUGUAG